CACUUUCCGGACGCCCCGCGUGGGCGCUGGGCUGGGUUUCGCGCCGGUGCCCGGCUCCGAGACGCGCUUCCUCUUCCUCGCUCCCAGGCGUGCGAGCCGGAGGGUUCGUGCGGGUCCCCGCAAGUGCGGGGUGGCUGCGGGCGCGGGCGGGUCUCCGGCGAAUCCGGGUCCGAGCGCCCCGGCCCUGGGGGCACCUGCCCGCGGGGCGCGGGGAGCACGAGGGGGCCUUCCCGCGGGAAGAUGAGGAAGCCCGACGGGAAGAUCGUGCUCCUGGGGGACAUGAACGUGGGCAAGACGUCGCUGCUGCAGAGGUACAUGGAGCGGCGUUUCCCGGACACCGUCAGCACGGUGGGCGGCGCUUUCUACCUGAAGCAGUGGCGCUCCUACAACAUCUCCAUCUGGGACACGGCAGGGCGGGAGCAGUUCCACGGCCUGGGCUCCAUGUACUGCCGGGGCGCGGCUGCCGUCAUCCUCACCUACGAUGUGAACCACCCGCAGAGCCUGGUGGAGCUGGAGGACCGGUUCCUGGGCCUCACAGACACCGCCAACACUGACUGCCUCUUCGCCAUUGUGGGGAACAAGGUGGACCUCCUCGAGGACGGGACCGCAGACAGCCAGGAGAAGGAAGGGCUUGGCCCCGGGGUGGCUGGGGGCGGCAGCAGCGGAUCGCCCAAAGUGCCCAAGCAGGUGCAGCCAGAGGACGCGGUGGCGUUUUAUAAAAAGAUCCUGAAGUACAAGAUGCUGGACGAGAAGGACGUGCCAGCUGCUGAGCAGAUGUGCUUCGAGACCAGUGCAAAAACUGGGUACAACGUGGACCUGCUGUUUGAAACCCUGUUUGACAUGGUGGUGCCCGUGAUCCUGCGGCAGAGAGCCCAGGGGCCACCACAGACAGUGGACAUCACCAGUUAUAAGACACCCAGACGGACCAGAUCCGGGUGCUGUGCCUGACUCAGAGAGGCCUGAGCCCCAGUGUACACGAUUGGCCAGGGAGUGACCGAGUGUGCUGCGCACAGGAGCGUGCGAGUCCAGUGGCUUCUUACAGGGGCUGCACACACAGGAGGUGGUCCGUGUGCAAACCACAGCUGGCUGUUAAGCGGUCCACGGGCGUGGUUCCCACGUGGCUGUGUUGGGAGGCGGGGGCAAGUGAAUCACCUGCAGAAAACACUCUUCUGAGCCAAGACUUCCAGGGACCGCUCCUUUUCCUAACAUCCUGGCCUCGCCGAAGUGUGCGGCUGGGCUUUCUCGGCACCUGGCCUGUGUGUGGGCCCCUGGCUGCGUACCUGCCCCACUGUUUUCUCAGACAUUUUCUUCACUGGGGUUUCUCCCUGGUCCUACCAUUUGGUAUCUGUGUCUUGAUGCGUCACAAUGAUUCUUGGCGUGUUAAUUUAUACAACAUCCGGAAUCACUGCUUUUAUACUGGUUGCAGCCAUGUGAGCUAUGCAUAUUAUUAAAAAGGAUUAUGAGGAGA